AAUGUUAAUGUAUGCGCAUGUACAUAAUAGGAUGUAUCAAUGAUGUAUUUAAAGGUGUAUGUACCAAAGGCACUUGACAAGAUUGAACAUUGAACAUUGAAGUUAAGGUUCUAUGUAGUAUGUACAUAACUAUGUACUUGGUCUUCAAAGUUCAAAGUUCAAAGUUCAAAGUUCAAAGUUGUAUCUUGAGGCGGGCCGGAAGAUCUCCGGUCCAAGCUUCGGCCGAAUCCAAUUGACAGCUGCGGCCGAUCGAACGGCCAAAACUUUAAAGAUCGUCCAUCUCUAAAAAUACAUACAUACAUUAAUCCAUUCAAACCUCAAAUCCAAAUAAACAUGGCCCCGUCUCGGGCUGUAGCCAGACUAGCGACCGUCCCGCGGCGUGUUGCUCAACACCAACAACGAUUCAUUCACGGGCCUGUCUUGCGCCGAUCUUAUUACUCCCACGACCACCCCCAGCCGCAAAGCAUAUACAACCCUGCCGAGGAAGCCAUUCUAUCCGCCGCCUACUGUCAUGUCCCCGAACACGGCUUCACCCAACGCGCCCUAUCUCUCGGCGCCCGCGACGCCGGCUAUCUCGACAUCAGCACCAAUCUACUUCCCGAGGGUCCCUUCAGUCUGAUCCGGUACCACCUCGUCACCCAGCGGAACGCCUUGGCCCCGCGUAGUAAGGAGAUAUUUAAUGCCAAUGCCACGGGCGAAGAAGGGGCGGCUCCUACGUCGGUGCAAAUUCCGGACAAGGUCGAGCGAUUGACGUGGGAGAGGUUAUUAGCGAACCAGGACGUCAACCACCGCUGGCAAGAGGCUCUAGCCGUAAUGGCGCAACCCACGCACGUCCCCGCGUCUCUACGCGAGCUAGCACUACUGGCAGACGAGAUAUACUAUCUAGCCGGUGAUCCUUCGGUCGACCCAUCCUGGUAUACGAAGCGCGGGUCUCUGUCCAUGAUCUACGCCUCGUCCGAGCUCUUCAUGACCAACGACCGGUCUCCCGGCUACGACGAGACCCGCGCUUUCCUGCAGCGCCGCCUCGACGAGACGAACAAGAUGGGGAAGACCCUGGGCAGCGUUGCCCAGUGGGUAGGCUUUACCGCCUCCGCUGGCGUGAAUGUGCUUCGGAGUAAAGGGGUUAGGAUAUAGAGCAUACCCGUUUACGUAACAGAGCCGGUGAGAUAAAAAAAAAUCAAACUACCUCGUAUGAAAACACACACACACACACACACACACACACACACAUGUACUAUAUGUACAUAGAGAAAUUCCCAUGCGCA